AAACUUAACCAGCUGAGUUGUCAAAUAUAGAAAAUAUAUUUACAAUGACGAAACUUAUGGAAUGGCUCUCUGGAGCCGGUGUAUUAUUUGCUGUGUGGUUUUAUUUAAUAACAAAUAAACCCAAUAAUUUUGUUAAAGAACAAUAUGAUUUAAUAUUAUAUUCCCCAAUUAUAUUUGUACUUCUGUUUGGGUUGUAUGCGGCUACUGUUGUAUUAUACAGAGUGUACACUUUUAAUGACUGUGAGAAAGCAGCUGCUGAAUUACAAGAGGAAAUCAAAGAAGCAAAAGAAGAACUAAGCAGGCUAGGAUUCAAAUUCCAAUCCAGUUAAAUAUCUUUACAAUAUUUUUUAUAUUUUAAUAAAUAAAAAUCUAAAUUAUAUUUUUGUAUUAAAAGACUGAACAACUUU